GAUCGAGGCCUUUCUGUGAUAGCCUUCAAGGACGCCUUCUGCUGUUGUCAAAGCUCCUUCUCGAUUGUCUACUGCAAGGGGCCUCUGGAAUUUGAAAAGUGUACGAGGGGAGAUGCCCGUCUUCGUGGUGCUUCCUGCGUCUUCAUCUGAUCUCGAAGCAAUCGUUCGUGUACAAUUCGACGCCUGCGCCAAUGACCAUGGAUUCCCCGUCAUAUUUCCCAAAGGUCCUACACGCGCUUCGGUAACUCACUUUGUGCGCGCAUUUGAGCAUGACAUGGAAAAUGAUCCUACAUGUCAGAUCGUGAUAGCGAAACACUCAUCGUCUGGUGAGGUUGCCAGUUACGCUAUCUGGAACUUCUUUCCCUCCAGAACCCAAGAAGAGAUUGAGGAAGAAAUGCUGAUUGAUGAAUAUCCGUUGCCUCGAGAUGCAAACAAGCAGCUGGGUAAUGCCCUGAUUCACAACAGCAUCAGGAAACGCCACGAAGUGGUCGCUGCCAAUAUCGGCGAACGAUCACCUUACGCAUAUCUAGCCGCGGUCGGCACCUCUCCAAAGUAUCAGAAUCAAGGAGCCGCCUCGAAAUUGUUGACCUGGGGUUUAGAACGUGCUGAUGAUCGCGGACUUGCCACCUACGUUGAAGGUGCACCUGCAGGCUUCAGAUUGUACGAAAAGUUUGGAUUCAAGGAGGUUGCGAAAUUGCGCCUUGACCUUGCGCCUUGGAGUGAAGGAGAUCACUUCAACAUCUGUAUGGUGCGCAAGGCCGCAAGCGAAGACGCUUGAUUCUAACAAGGCUCUCCAACACCAACCCCACAAAUCACUCAUACUGUAACUUAACCCUAUGCACAAAUGUCGAUCAGUUGGGGGCCUGAAAGCCAUUGCCUCGGAGCCGCCUCAGGUGGCAUGUAAGCUCACACAAUCCUGACUACAACGCAAGUCCAACGCUUGACAUCCUUUCCACAAUCAUU